UAUCAAGCUUUCUUUGUUAACUCAAGAAUGACUCUACAAGAAGCCCGCAUUGAGGCGGGCGCGCCAGCCGCUGCGCACUGCAAUUCAUGAGCCGACCUGAAGUCCACCUGAAUCGCUAGGUCCAAACCACUCGCAGCAUGGCAUCCAACGCGGGGACAGACCCGCCGCCAUCCGGGGCCAGCUUCAGGACCUCAGCGGGCGAGGUUGUGCGGCUGCACGACUGCGUGUGCUGGCGCUGGCUGGAGGGCCGGCCCUGCCUCCCGCAGCACGAGCGCGACCUCGCGGCCGCCACCGACCUCGUACUUAUACCCGUUCCACCCUCCGGCUACAACAACAGCAAGCGCGCUCGCAAAGCGGCUUCCUCGGAGCCGGCCGCAGCAGCCCCGCAGCCUGUGGCUCAUGCCCACACAGCAACAGCACGGGGUACUGAUGGCGCCGCUGCGUCGUGCGAGCGAGACGUGCUGCUAGCCGCAUGCACCAUCGCCCGGGACGCUCUGCAGGCCUCGGGGUUGCGUUGUGUGGUGGAUGACUGCCCGCGCAGCACCCCCGGCGCCAAGUACAACCGCUGGGAGGGGCGCGGCGUGGGCCUACGGGUGGAGGUGGGGUUGCGGGAGGCCGCUGCACGCACCUACUGCCUAGCCCUGCACCCCCGUCUGGCCGCGCUGUUGCCGGCGGCCUCAGCGGCGGCAGGUGCUACUACCGCCGCUGCCCAGACUCGCGAUCAUCCUGUUGUGGCUACGGCUACUGCGGGUGCUACAGCCAACGCGGCCGCGAGCAGCCAAGAUGCGCCGGGCGUCGGUAGUGACAGCGCGGCGCCGGCACCGGCACCGGCACCUGCAUCGCACAGCGGUCAAGGCAAGGCUAAACUCGGGGGCUCUGCGACUGCCGGGCGGGGCCUGAGGCUGCAGGGCUUGGGUCUGGAGGCCUUGCUGGCGGCCUGCCAUGCAGUGCACGGCGCACAGCCGCCGCCAGGCGAUCCGCCGCCGGGCGAUGGCAGUAGCAUCAGAGUUGGCAGUAGCAAUGGCGGCAGCAGCGGUGGCAGCUGGUGUGGGAAGCUGCACCUGUGGCCGGUGCAGGCGGAGGCAUGGCGCUCCACGGAGGCGGCGGUGGCGGCGCUGCUGGCCGCACUGGAGGUGGAGCCGGGCGGCUCGGACCGGCGCAGCGGCUUCGCGGCCGCUGCAGCUGCCCCUGCUGCAUCCGGCGGCUCCAGCGCUGCUGUUACUGGUGCUGGUGGCAGCAGCACUGGCGCUGGUGGCAGCAGCACUGGCGGCGGGCAGCCGGUGCCGGCCCGGCCGUGUGUGGCGCACCUGCGUCACCUGCUACAGCUGGGGCGGCCCUGCUACUGCGGCCAGGGCCACUACAGCCUGUCGCAGCUGCAGCAGGAGGUGGCGGCACGCUGGGCUGAGAGCCGGCCCGGCGCCGACAUAUCGGAGUGGGUGGCGGCGGCGCCGCCGCGGCCACAGCAGCUGCCUGGCACCGGAGCAGCGCGUACGGGUGCCCAGGUGGAGGCGGUCGCUGUGUCCCAGCCACAGCGGAAUCUGCAGCAGUGGAAGCAGAAACAGCAGCAGCGACAGCAUAUGAGGAAGCAGCAAAGCAGGGGGAAGCAGGAGGCGGAUGCGGAGGGCGGAAAUGAUGCGCUUACAAUUAAUGAUCUCGGUGAUGAUCUCGAAGAUGGCAGCGACGGCGACGACGGUGGGAGCGGCCGGGUGCUGCUGCUGGUCGGCAACAUCCCGCCCUCCAUCAAGGCGUCAGUGGUGCAGUCCGAGCUGGGUGCGGCGUUUGCGCCCUUCGGCUGCCGCGGCGUGUCUGUGUCCCGCACACGCAACGGCGGCAGUCACGGCUGGGCGCGCGUGUCGCUGGCUGCGGCGGAUGAGGCCGCGGCAGUGGCGGCGGCCGCGGCAGCCGUGGAGCAUCUGGACGGGAGACUGGCCCUGGGUGGCGUGGCUCUGUCCGUGUCGCCCUCGUGCGGCCGAGCCGACUGCCUGUUCCCCGGCCUGCCCUACCCGCUGCGGGCGGGGCUGCGUCUGGACGCCACCGCCGCCUACUCCGCCACAGACCAGGCCACAGCCGACGCCAUGACGCAGCUGCUGGCGACGCUGGCGGAGCGGCUCGUGCUACAGCCGCUGGCGCCGCGGCUACAGCCAGCGGCUGCUGCUGCCCCACCGGUGCCGCAGUGUGCUGGCGCGCCACAGCAGGAGUCGGAUGCAAUCGUGGCAGGGCAGCAGCUGGAGAAGGAGGAGAAGGUGCUACAGCCGCCGCCGGCGUCAAGCUGGGUGCUACUGCCGCUGGACGUGACUGACGGCACGGCCUGCUGCGGCGGCAACUCGCUGUCGCUGGCGCGGCGCUUCAGGCGGGUGGUGGCGGUGGAGCUGGAUGCAGACCGGGCCGAGGACCUGAGGCACAACGCGGCCCUGCUCAGCGCCUGGAGCGGCUUCUGUGCGCGCCGGGCGGAGCAGCUGCAGCAGGAGCCCGGAGGCGCGGCGCCUUGCCAGACCCCAUUACAGUCGACACAUGUGGCGGAGCCCCGGCCGCGGCCCCAGCAGCACCAGCAGGCACCGCUGGGGGUGCUGCAGGUGGUGUGUGCCGACUACAACCAGCGGCUGGCCGGGGCGGGUGGGGCGGGGGCGACAGGCGGCGAGUCCAGCGCCGUCGUGUUCAUGGACCCCCCGUGGGGCGGGCCGCAGUACCUCGGCAGCACCACCACACCCACUCCGGGCCCUGCUGCGCAUGCCGGCUCCGUUGCGGCUGCCCCUGGCACGGCGGCCGGCGCAGCGCCGCAGCUGCUUGGCGCCGGGCCUGGGCCCGCAGGGCCGCGGCUGCCGCGCGGCGACGCCGCAUUUGGCCUGGGCGCCCGGCCGCUGUCGCACAUCGUGGCCCAGCUGCUCACCACACCUCCAGCAGCACCGGCACCUUUGGCAGACGCGCCUGCGGCAGGAGCGCCUGCGGAAGAAGCGUCUGCGGUGGCAGCAGCUGCCUGCCGCGCUGGCGCUGGCUCCGGCACCUCCUGCGGGCGGCUGGUGGCGCUCAAGCUGCCCAGCCGCGCCAGUGAGGACCUGCGGGCGCUGCAGGCGCGCGUGCGGGAGCUCGUGGCGGCGAAGGCGGCAGCGGGGCCGGCGGCGGCGCCGGCAGCAGCAGCACCGAUGCGCACAGCGGGCGGCAACGCUGCUGUUGACGUAGCUAGUGGUCGGGAGGAUGCAGCUGUGGGUGUGGGUGAGGGUGCUGAGGGUGGUGGUGGGGGCGGAAGCGGGCCUCGUCAUGUGCUGGGGGCGGAGGUGACGUUCGGCCGGUCGGCGCUGGUGGUCUUCAUGGCCGCGGCGGACCCGUGUGUGACUAGCAGCGGUGGCGACGGUACCGGUAGCGAUGAAAGUGAUGAAGAACAAGCUGAUGGUGCUGGUGGUGUUGGAGGCAAGGGCCGGGGAAGGAAGGGUGCAGUUUGCGGCUGCGGCUGCGAGAGCUGCGUAUUGCGGGCGGCGGCGUUCCGGGCGGUGCUGAAGGAGGUGUGCGGCAUCGGGCUGGGGGUGCCGUACAGGGUGGUGUGCACGUGAGCCGGCGGGGGUGCUGACUAGACGAGUGGUGCCCUGGCGUGGUAAGUGUUGCUCAGGGGCACACCUGCCAUCUGCUUCAAGACCCGAAGGCCGGAGAUGGAG